AUGGUGGCCCCUAAACAACCUGCCCCAGAAGAUGUGAUCGGCUGCCAGGCCGCCAUGUUCGAGUGGGCCGAGAGCUAUGACACCAAGGAUUGGGACCGCUUUCUUCGGAACGCAGCGCCGACCCUUCACAUUGACUACCGUGCCUUCAUGGACAAGUACUGGGAAGCCAUUCCCCGCGAGGAGUUCAUUGAAAUGGUGAAAGACCCAGGCUUCCUCGGCAACCCCCGCGUCAAGUCCCAGCAUUUCGUCGGCGUCUCAAAGUUCGAACAGGAGGCUGAGGACUACAUCAUCGGCACCCACCAGAUGCGCGUGACUCACCAGAGAUACAAGGAUGAUGAUUUGACUGAGGUCCAGCGCAGAGGCCAUGCUUCAGGAAACUCCACCGUCCACUACCGCAAGAUAGACGGUAUCUGGAAGUGGGCUGGUCUCCUUCCAGGCAUCCGCUGGAAAGAGCAUGAGUUUGACAAAAUCUUCUACACAUAUGAUUAG